AUCGACAAAGGCGGAUCGACCAAAAUGCCCGUUUCAAGGCGUGACAAGAAAGUCGAACUUACUCAGGUUCUAAAACAUGCUCCUAAGAAAAAAGAGCACAUUGCAAAGGUUCGUCAAUAUCUGGAUGAAUAUGGAAGAGUAUAUGUAGUGACUCUGCAAAAUCCUCGCACCCAAAAAGUUUCCGAAAUACGAAAGAGCAUGGUGAAAAUCAAGCUUCUAUUUGGUGUCAACAAGGUGACGACUUUGGCGUUGGGUAAAACUCAUGAAGAUAGUUAUCGACCGAAAUUGCACCUUUUAUCCAAAUAUCUGAAGGGACAAUGUGCCCUCCUAUUUUCGCGAUCAUCGCCUUCAGAAUUACGCGAGCAGCUUGAUGCGUUCCGGUCGUCAGAAUACAGUAGACCAGGUGUACUUGCUGAACAGACUGUCUGGAUUGCAUCUGGUCCGUUGCCCAAAUUUCCUCACUCUAUGGAGCCUGUUUUGCGCCAGUUAGGAAUGCCUGUUAAACUAGUCAAAGGUGUUGUUCAUUCGGAGAGAGAGUAUCUUGUGUGCCGCAGAGGGGAUGUACUUUCACCUGAACAGUGUCGUAUUCUAAAGUUAUUUCAAAUUGAAAUCUCCGAAUUUCGCGUUGGCCUGCUUGCAGUUUGGACAGACGGUGAGGGGGUCGAAGAGUUAACAGAAAAAGAUAGUUGUAUGAUGCGCACUUCGCUCCAUCCUGAAGUUCUUGUUGUUUGUAAACAGUUAGAUGAUGGUUUGUAUUACUUUAUUCCGCAACCAUAUGAAAAUAAAGGCGAAUCACUUGUUAACGAAGCUAUGGAAGAGGACUAAUACUUUUUCUAAAUAUAUAAUUGUAGAUACUAUUGUGAAUAAUUUUUUAAGUCAUUCGAGAUAAGGUUUGCGGUGAAAUAUAAGGUUAUUCAGUGCCAAAUGUCUUCCUUAAAUACUCUGACUCCGACUAAACCAUUUAAUGAAGUAACACUCAGACAAAUCUAAGUAGAUUUAGUGUGAGUUAACCUACUAAGACUG